AUGUUUACAGGUUCAAAUCAAAUUGCUUCGGGUCAACUUUUAGGUUCAGAUACUUCUGGUAUUUUAAAUAUAAGUGAUGCAUUUCCAUUACCUUCUGGGUGUCUUAUGAGAGAUACAACUGAAGGAGAUGAAACUAAAGGUACUAAGAUGGCUUCUAGAUAUGCUUCUUCAAUCUUACCAAAUUUAUCGGCUUUAGGUGCAGAUGCAAAUAUAGUAUGGUUUUGUUGUUCUACAAUCAAUUCUCAGCAUUUAGCUACACCUGGUUUUAUUGAAACUUUCAUUUCAAUUCAAAUCGGCUCGACUUCUACUACACCUACAUCAAAAUCAUCUGUUAAAUCAAAAGUUUUGGCUGGUAAAGAAUUAGCUAUCGUUUAUGAUUUAGCUAGUUCGGCCACGGCACGAAUGGAAAAUCAAUUCACAAAAAUCUUACAAGAAAUCCCUCUAACAAUUCAAUCUUCAGCAUUAUUAACUGCAUUCUCAGCCACUUUCAUCUCACCUACAUCAGAAUCGAUUCAAAGUUUGAUCGUUAGUACGAACCAAUGGGGAACAACUACUGAAUCUAAUCGAUCUGAAUUAUUAUCAAAUCAUUUACCUUCAUUCUCUCCAUUAAGUUUACCCUUUUCUCAACAUUCGGAUUCACCUACUUCAAUGUUAGAUACACUUUUAACGGUCAUGAAUUCAAUUGAGGUUCAUAAUAUGGCUCUUAGUACUCUUAGUUUUCAGUCUCGUCAAUUGGCUAGAGAUCGAGCUAAACUUGGAAGUGUAAUUUUCAAAAGGAAAGCUGAGAAUGAGGUUCGGGUUCAACAAGGUUUACCUCCUUUACCUCCUUCAUCUGAAGAGUCUGCCUUACAAGAACCAACUAGAUUAGAAACCAUGUGUGCUUUAUCAGGUGUAGAUGGAGCAGCUAAGAAGCUUUGUGAGACUGGUGGAUUGGGUGGUAUUAGAGCAUUUGGAGCUAAAGCUGGAGUUUAA